ACUUGCUCUGUUCCUUUUCCUCUGGUGUCCCUCUUUUUUUGCGAACUAAGCUCCGUUCCCAUCCCCUCUCUGCGACGACUACGUCACCGGCCUCGCCCUUCUCCUCCUCGGCUACUCUCCUCUCGCCGAUCUCUUUCUCCUGAUCUUCGCCGGCGGCCCGUUCACUGGUCCGUCUGUCCGCUCGCUGGCCCAUCCCUCAGCAGGAAACUGCUCAUGUUAAUGAGCUGUGAAUCAGCCAUGGUUUAUGCAUCAACUGAGUUUCUUUUAAUCAGGAGGAUUAAUUUGUUUUAUAGUGUGCACAGAUCCAUCCCUGAAGACAUAAGACUCUAGACAUAUAUUCUACUUACAAUGCAAUUGUUCUGUGACAAAAUAAUUUCUUUCCACCCCAAUGUUGAUUAGCCUGUUAUGUAUCUGCACCUCAUUGCGCUUCAUGUGCGGUUGUUACAUUUAUGAACGUCCUCCUCGAACGGUUUGCAAUCUGUGAACAGCAUGAUGAGAAGCUUUUGAAUCACCUGUGGCUGCUGUCACUGCCACUAUUUGUGUUGGUUGAUUAUGGCAGAUCACUCCUUAAUUGUCCCUGAGUCUUCUUUUGCUUUGACGGAUCAUUCAUUAGUUAUUGGGCAAGAGUUCCCCGAUGUUGAAACAUGCCGAAGAGCGCUAAAAGAUAUUGCUAUUGCGCUUCAUUUUGAUCUUCGGAUAGUAAAAUCUGAUAGAAGCCGGUUUAUUGCUAAGUGCUCCAAGGAAGGUUGUCCAUGGCGUGUCCAUGUUGCAAAGUGUUCUGGAGUUCCAACUUUUUCUAUCAGAACCUUGCAUGGAGAGCAUACCUGUGAAGGAGUUCAAAAUCUACAUCAUCAGCAGGCGUCAGUAGGUUGGGUUGCGAGAUCUGUUGAAUCGCGUAUUCGUGAUAAUCCACAGUACAAGCCAAAAGAAAUUCUGCAAGACAUCCGUGAUCAGCAUGGAGUUGCUGUAUCUUACAUGCAAGCUUGGCGUGGAAAGGAGCGCAGCAUGGCAGCACUUCAUGGAACUUUUGAAGAAGGCUAUCGCCUUCUUCCUGGAUACUGUGAACAAAUAAGAAAAACUAACCCAGGAAGCAUUGCAUCAGUUUUUGCUACUGGACAGGAAAACUGCUUCCAACGUCUCUUUAUUUCCUACCGUGCAUCAAUCUAUGGGUUUAUACAUGCUUGUAGGCCACUUUUAGAACUUGAUAGAGUGCAUCUUAAAGGGAAAUACUUGGGUACACUACUUUGUGCUGCAGCUGUUGAUGCUGAUGAUGCUCUGUUUCCAUUAGCAAUUGCUAUUGUUGAUAUGGAAAGUGAUGACAAUUGGAUGUGGUUCAUGUCUGAGCUGCGGAAGCUUCUUGGAGUGAAUACAGAUAAUAUGCCUAGACUUACAAUACUCUCUGAAAGGCAAAGGGGCAUUGUAGAGGCAGUUGAAACACAUUUUCCAAGUGCUUUUCAUGGUUUUUGUCUGCGUUAUGUUAGUGAAAAUUUUCGAGAUACAUUUAAGAACACAAAGUUGGUUAAUAUAUUCUGGAAUGCUGUUUAUGCUCUUACUGCUGUUGAAUUUGAAAGCAGGAUAUCUGAGAUGAUGGAGAUCUCACAAGACGUCAUAUCUUGGUUUCAGCAGUUCCCUCCCCAGCUAUGGGCUGUAGCAUACUUUGAAGGGAUGCGCUAUGGUCAUUUCACAUUGGGAGUCACCGAAUUGUUGUAUAACUGGGCUCUUGAGGGUCACGAGCUCCCUAUUGUGCAGAUGAUGGAGCAUAUUCGACAUCAAUUGACAUCUUGGUUCAAUGAACGCCGUAAUAUGGGCAUGAGGUGGAACUCAAUUCUUGUGCCAUCUGCUGAGAAGCGGAUUUUAGAAGCAAUUGCAGAUGCUCGUUGCUAUCAAGUGCUUCGUGCAAAUGAAAUUGAAUUUGAGAUUGUGUCGACUGAACGGACAAAUAUUGUUGAUAUACGAAGUCGAGUGUGCUCGUGCCGCCGUUGGCAGCUCUAUGGUUUGCCAUGUGCACAUGCGGCUGCUGCACUCAUCUCUUGCGGGCAGAAUGCCCAUCUAUUUGCAGAGCAUUGUUUCACUGUAGUGAGCCACCGGGAGACCUAUUCACAAAUGAUAAAUCCUAUUCCAGAUAAGAGUCUCUGGAAGGAGUUGAGUGAGGGGGCAGAAGGUGGAGGUGCCAAAGUUGAUAUUACAAUACGCCCACCCAAAACUCGUCGGCCACCUGGGAGGCCCAAAAAGAAGGUUCUUCGUGUAGAAAGUUUAAAGCGCCCGAAGCGAGUCGUUCAAUGUGGUCGUUGCCAUUUGUUAGGACAUUCUCAAAAGAAAUGCACAAUGCAAAUUUGACUAUUAGCCUAUCAUUGGUUUCUGGCUCUUUUGCAAUUGCCAUCAAGUUAAUGCCAUGUCUGUAAUUUUAUUGUAUUUUUCCCUUUUUUGGUUUGGCUGGGGAAUAAAGACAGCCCUUCUGGGCAUAGUUCCAUUUUAUUUCUUUUGUAUAUUGCUAGCAGCAUGCUUUUGCCUUUGCCAUCAAUUCUAAUGACAUAAUUAGGCCAUUUCUUUC